AUGAAUCCCCUGGCGUCGCCUCCGGAGUUGAGUCCUCUGGAGCAGGAGGUACUCGAGGAAUAUGAACGCCUCGCGGAGAAUAUGAAAAAGCUCGCACUUUUGCUCGGCGACCUUGCCGACAGACCAAGCACCGAGAUCCUCGACGGACUGCGGGACCUAGAACGGAAAACGAGUCUCGUCUUCACGCUGCUCAAGGCGAGCGUGUACAGCAUCGUGCUGCAGCAGGAGAUUGACUGGGGCGAUGGCGGCGAAGGCGCGGGCGCGGAUCAGCGCGAGGGAGGGCACGACGACGAAGGGACGGCGUAUUGA